GCUUGCGCCUAAGGGGCGUGGCCGUCGCACCUGCGCGAGUUGGGGGAAGGAGGAGGGGCGAGGUGACGCAGGCGUAAUAAUAGAGAAGGUGCCAGAAAGAUCCAAAACAAGUGGCUGCGGCCGUCGCCCAGGAGUCGUCAGACGCCGGAAUCCGGCCCUGGUUCAGAGCUUGUGCCGCCCCCCCUCCCCCGGGUAUGGCGCUGUCCGGGUUGACCCCGGCCCCGAGCUGGGAGGAGGAUGAAUGCCUGGAUUACUACGGGAUGCUGUCGCUUCACCGUAUGUUCGAGGUGGUGGGCGGGCAGCUGACCGAGUGCGAGCUGGAGCUGCUGGCCUUCCUGCUCGACGAGGCCCCCGGCGCGGCCGGCGGUCUGGCUCGCGCGCGAAGCGGCCUGGAGCUGCUGCUGGAGCUGGAGCGCCGCGGGCAGUGCGACGAGAGCAACCUUCGGCUGCUGGGGCAACUCCUGCGCGUGCUGGCACGCCACGACCUGCUGCCGCACCUGGCGCGCAAGAGGCGCCGGCCAGUGUCUCCGGAACGCUACAACUACGGCACCUCCAGCUCUUCUUCCAAAAGGACUGAAGGGAGUCGCCGCCGCCGCCGGCAGUCAAGCGGUACUUCAGACGCCCAGCAGGGUCAGUGGGAGACAGGCUCCCCACCGACCAAGCGGCAGCGGCGGAGUCGGGGCCGGCCCAGUGGUGGUGCCCGACGGCGGCGGAGAGGGGCCCCUGCCGCCCCCCAGCAGCCACAGGAGCCAGCCAGACCUGCUUCAGAAGGCAAAGUGACCUGUGACAUCCGGCUCAGGGUGCGAGCAGAGUACUGUGAGCACGGGCCUGCCUUGGAGCAGGGUGUGGCCUCCCGGCGGCCCCAGGCGCUGGCCCGGCAGCUGGACGUGUUUGGGCAGGCCACAGCGGUGCUGCGCUCCCGGGACCUGGGCUCCGUGGUGUGCGACAUCAAGUUCUCCGAGCUCUCCUACCUGGACGCCUUCUGGGGCGACUACCUGAGUGGUGCCCUGCUGCAGGCCCUGCGGGGCGUGUUCCUGACUGAGGCCCUUCGCGAGGCCGUGGGCCGGGAGGCUGUCCGCCUGCUGGUCAGUGUGGACGAGGCCGACUACGAGGCUGGCCGGCGCCGCCUGCUGCUGAUGGAGGAGGAGGGAGGACGGCGCCCGACUGAGGCCUCCUGAUCCUGGACCUGGCAGGACUGAACCCACCUCCUAGCCUCCGGGCCACUUUCUCCCCCGGAGGACAUCCAUCCCUGCCCCUAGAGGACUGUCACUCCAGCAGCCCUGAGGACUGGGACAGAUGGCCUGGCCCCUUGACAGACUCUCCCACAGGAUGUGGGCUCUGAGGCCGAAACCACUUCCACCUGAGUUUCCUUCCCAGCCUCCUCCCAACCCUACCCUCUGGUGUGUUCCCUCAGCUUCAGGAGGCCAGGGACUCAGGCAUGCAGAUCAGAACGGGAGAGAGGCAUAGCUACACAUUCACCAAAGGCCCCCUGCACACCGUGUUCCUGACUGUGGGCUGCGUGCACGCAUGCACACGGCCCCCUCUGGAAUCUCCCCUGGGCUCCUGCCUUGGCCUGCUCCACACAUGUCUUUGGCCUAAGGGCUUCUCUCUCAGGAUCUCUGAUUUUACUUCCCCCGACCCUGGACCUCAGCCACGCUGGGCACUGGGGCUAGGGUGCACACGGGGCCUGCUCACCUUGCCCACACAUCUCUCUAGCCAGCCAGGGCUCUCUGCCCAGCUUCCAAACACAGACCUGGCUCUCCACAUUCUCCUGCUCGCCACAGUUGGACGCAGACUUGCACAAGGACCUGCACCCGGAGUGUCACACGUGCAUUGCAGCAGCAUCAGACCAAGUGUGUUGUUGCCCAUGGGGCCAGGAUCAGAAACCAACUUCCUUCUCCGAAAGGGAAGGCAAAGGCUUGGGGCUGAUGAGAAAGGCCUUUUAUAAAUGGCGCCAAUAAAACGGCCCUGGAUUGGGGCUUAGGGUGGGCAUCAAGGCUCCCUAGGACUCUUUCUUUAUGGGCUGGAGGAAGGAGCUGAUGAGGACCUGGGCCUAUUACCAGUCCUGGGGUUCCUGGCCCAGUAUCUGGCUUGAGGAAGGGCAGGAUGCUGGAGCAUCAUCUGCCGCUGCUACCACAGGCCUGCCCUCCUCUCUGGGCCUCAGUUUCCUCAUCUGUCAAAGGAAAUACUGCCUUGGAGUCAUAACCUGUCCUAGCCCCAUUUGCACAUGCUUUGCUCUUGUUAGGUUCUUGGGAGUACUAGUGUUUUUAUUUUAUUCCCUGAGGUGCCAGCUAUC